AUGACGCGACGGCUAUAUACAUGAAUAGCGGCUGGAGCUGAUACAACACGUAGAAACUCUAGAUAAACUUUUGCUCUUCAGAAGGUAUUUCCAAAUUAAAAAAAAGGAAAAUAUGAGUGAAGGCUCAAAGAAUUAUCAAGGUGGUAAAAAAUAUGGAGAACUUCGAAAGCAACAAGAGUUAUCAUUAGAUGAAGUCAACAAGCUGUACUUGGAAGAUGAUGAUUACCAGGAUGAAGAUGAUUAUCCGGAACUGAAAGAAACACUUGAAAAAUACAAAAAGCAAUUUAUGGAAUACGAUUUGGACAACUCAGGAGAUAUUGAUUUAAUGGAAUUGAAAAUGAUGAUGGAGAAAUUAGAGCAAGCAAAAACACAUUUGGAGUUGAAGAAGAUGAUAAGUGAAGUUGAUCGUGAAAACCGAGGUGCAAUAUCGUACAAUGAUUUUCUCUUCAUGAUGUUGGGAAAGAAAAGUUCUGUGUUAAAACUAAUAUUGAAAUUUGAAGAGGCAAUGAAGGAAAAGCAAAGGCCAACUGGUGUUGCACCUAAGCGUGACCUCUCUUCCCUACCUUAAAGAAGAUAAUAUCAAAAAAAGGGACUGAUAUUUUGUACAAUUGUAAUAUGAUUUUUUAAAACGGAUUUUUAUGUCACGAAGUUCUCAAAUUUUUAAUUAUAUUUCUUUUUUUUUUCUUAUUCUAAAUAAAGUUUUUGUGUUCCUUAUUUAAACAUAUCUCAAAAUUCUACUUCGUGUUUUGUUUAAAAUUUGUAUAUUAUUUUCAAAUUGAGGAGGGCCAAUGAUAUUUUACAUGGUUUUCAAAUAAAUAUACUUCUUC